AGCCAAGUGCUGUUCGAGCGAAGAAGACGUGGGUAAAGAGGGAGACCCACCGCCAAGUAAAUAAACGGCGAAUAUCGCCAUUUAUAAAGAAUUGGACAAAUAUUUCGGGUAACUCGCGAUCGAACCGAAGCAUAGCAUAGCAUCUGUGAGGCUAACUCUCUAACUAGCCUCGCGGUGAGCGCCAAGAUUUUUAGCUCUUAGCUUCUCUUCACCGACGCAACGCCAGCUGUACAAAUAAGAAGAAAUACGCCAAGAAAAAAGAAACAAUCAUGUCGGACGACUGCGAGUUCAGUGAAGACGUCGGCAUCAUGAGGAUGGAAGAGGACGGCGAGGCGUAUUGCGACGACCCCAUGACGGCCGCCGCGGCGGGCGACAGCGGCCUAGAUGGGGGCGAGGCCGAGGGGGCGAGGAUCGACGCCAGUAAAAAUGAGGAGGAUGAAGGGAAGGUGUUUGUCGGCGGCCUCAGCUGGGACACGACCAAGAAGGACCUAAAAGACUACUUCUCCAAGUUUGGGGACGUUAUCGACUGCACUCUGAAACUGGACCCCAUGACUGGCCGCUCCAGGGGAUUCGGCUUUAUACUCUUCAAAGAUGCCGAAAGUGUUGACAAGGUCACUGCGCAAAAGGAGCAUAAACUCAACGGGAAGGUCAUUGACCCCAAAAAAGCGAAGGCCAUGAAGAGCAAGGAGCCAGUCAAGAAGAUCUUUGUGGGCGGCCUCUCACCAGACACUCCCGAGGAGAAAGUCCGAGAGUACUUUGCCACCUUCGGAGAAGUGGAGGCUGUGGAAUUUCCCGUGGAGAGCAAAACCAACAAAAGGAGAGGCUUCUGCUUCAUAACGUUCAAGGAGGAGGAACCAGUGAAGACCAUCAUGGAGAAGAAGUAUCACAACAUCGGCCUGAGCAAGUGUGAAGUGAAGGUGGCCAUGUCCAAAGAGCAGUACCAACAGCAGCAGUACUGGGGAGGAAGAGGAGGUUACUCGCCUAGGUCUCGAGGGAGGGGAGGCGGUCCCGGCCCCAAUUGGAACCAGGGCUACGGCAACUACUGGAAUCACGGCUACAGCAACUACGGCUACGGCAAUCAAGGCUACGGCGGAUACGGCAGCUACGAUUACUCCGGUUACGGCAACUAUUACGGAUACGGUGGCGACAGUAUGCCCUCACCCGUAGAUGAGCCGGUCGGCUACGGCAAGUCGCCGCGGCGCCCCAUUCACAGCAGCAGUUACAGACCGUACUAAAACGCUCGAGGUCACCUCAAAGAACACAAAGCAGGUAUGUCCACUCCAACACGCCUUCACGUCCCGUAAAACAUUAAAAAAAAUAGUCCCUAAAUGUUUGAUAAUAUUAUGUUGUAAUGUAUACAUUUUCCUUUUGGUAACAUAGAGGCUACACGGGGGCGAUUAUUUUAACUCCUGCAGCCUCCUUUGCACCUUUUAUUUGGUCUCUUCUUUUUUUUUUUUUUUUUUAACUGUAAAGUUAACAGGUAAAGCACUACUACAGUAAUGGAUGUACAGUUCACGGAAAAGCGCAAAAAAAAGAAAAAAAAAAAGAGGAAGUAUGUUGUCUCUCCUAACUCUGACAUACCUUGUUUGUACCUGCCAGCGGAGCUUCCUUGCAGGCCAUGAGCUGACUCCAGAUACUCUCAGGGCCCGCUCAAUGCGGACCGGGUACGAGACGCAUACGCUCUCGCUUGCUGCCGUUUGGUAUGGUCUCACAACAUCCUGUAUAUCAACUACAAAUGAAAACAGCAAAACCGAAAAAAAAUGGGAUACCAUGUUGCCGUUUUUAUCAACUUUCCUUUGGCCAGCUUUUGAGUUGUUUAUUAAUAUGUACAGCGGUGCCUUGGGAUACCAGUGAGCCAACAUUCGGCUAACUAGCUCAAUGCUAACAAACCAUGUCAAACGCCGUAGUCGAGCUAACGAGUAGCAUUUCAAAUGUUUUAACCAAAGGCUAUUUAAACGCAACGGUGGAGCAACACACGCAGAAAGAUCAUUGAAUCCUCCGAAUUAAACUCGUAUCUGAAGGCACCGCUGUACGCGGUUAAAUUUCCGUAAUUUUUUACAGGCCCCCGCCACAAGUAAUGAAUAUUUGUAAUUGAGUAUUUGCUCUCCAAAGGAUACGACAGCAAUGCAGUUGUUAAUCUUUUUGCAGUUCUGGUGCUUUUGUCUUUUGUCCAUGAGCUAACAGCUUCUAUGGACGCCGCCGUUGUGUUGGGCCAUAACUUUCUUGGACAUGUCUUCCCCUCUGUGUUACCGACUUCUUGUAACAUUUCUGUAAAAGUAGAAAUAUCAAAUGUAAAACGAGCAGAAUUUGUCACAUUCACAGACGCUUGCACGCAAUGUCUCCUUUUUUUGUAAUGACCUAUUUUUCUUCUAGUCGUCCUCAAGAUUGCUUUUUCUAUUUAACGUGUGUUAAUGUUAAUUUACACAUUUUGUUUUGGCACACGGAGAUCCGUUAGGUUGCGCUGUGCCACGAGCGCGGCGGCGUGGCGGCUCUGACGUGUGCGCGUCUUUUCUCAGGUGCGCCAGCGGGGGCGAGAGGACGCGGCGGACGACGGGCAGCGGAGACGCCGCCACGCCAUCGCCGCUGAUUGUAAGCAAAAACAAUUACCUGAAGAGCCCAUAUUUACUCUUUAUUUUCCAGAGUCUUCUUUGGAUAUGACACUAUUUUUGUGUGUGGAUCGGGGGGUGGGGGGGGUCUGUUGUGAAUGGCUUUAUUUCUAGUUACACUUAUUUACAGUUGUAGAUGCACAUUUAUCACAAUGUGUUGAUUAGACUAUACAACAUUCGUAUAUACACCGACAUAAUGUAUUCAAUGUAAGCGUGGUAAAAACAUUAAAACACUUGUUUGGA